AGGGUUCACCCUGAGUUGGUCACAGGGACUCAGGACUAUGAACUGGACCCGUCCAGGUGGAAGUGUUAUGAAGUCCAUGACAUCGUGAUUGAGUGUUCCAGAGUGUCUCUGGAUCCUCUGGAGUCCUCGUGUGAAGACGACAGUUUUUCCUCUCUCAGAGACCCCCCCUCCUCACCCUCACCCAGACCCCCCCCUCUGUCCUCCCCCCUCCCCCCGCUCGACCUCACCUCCAUAGAUGGCGUCAGCAGCACAGGAAACUCAACGUGUCCAACUCUGCCUCAUUUGACCUUUGACACUUGCACACAGGCUGAUGAUGUCACAUGGAGCCCCUCCUCUCACUGUGGUUUGUCCACGCCCCCACCUGAACCUGCUGCCACAGACUCCGCCCACCCACCAAGCAGAACCGCCUCAGUCUCAGCUGUGGAAUGUCCUUCCUCUUCCUCUGCCCCUGUGACAUCACUGAGCGAAUACAACCAGGAUGGAGGUCUGACUCACCACCAGGUGAAGCAGAAGCCAAUCCCAGAGCUGGAGAGGACAUCCAGUCAGCCAGUCACAGAGGAGGAGAGAGGUCAGAGUGAUGUCAUCAACAGCAGUGGAGACUCCACCCCCCCCCUGCACAUCCUCCUCACCUCCACCCCCAGCUGUGGCGAGUCAGGCUCAUCCCUCCCCUGUCCUCCCUCCUCCAUCUCACUCUGUUUCACCCCGCCAACCAGGUCAGAGGAGGGAGGCCCCGCCUUCUUUGAUCAGAGUCCCGCCUUCCCAUACGAACCCCUGUUUGAGCUGGCUCUGCCUCGAGCCGCCGCACUCUUCAUCGGGAGGAAGACUCAGGAGGCGCUGGAGAGAGCAGCAGGGCAGCAGGAGAUGGGGGGAGGUGGGGGAGGAGUGGAGGGAGAGGACAAGAAGCAGGAUCUGACCUCCUUCUCCCCUCUGGAGGCUUUGGACCAGCUGAUCGUCCACGGACACGACGCUCAUGAGCGCCUGAGCACAAGGUUGUCUUCAGUCAGUAGGUCGGGGGAUCGAAGUCAUUUUGGAGCUGCAGUUGUGGGGGAGGAGCUUCAGUCACUGAGGAGUCAGUUGUUGCUGAUCCACAGUCAGCUUCAGUACGAACGUUUCAAACGGCAGCAGCACGCCAUCAGAAACCGCCGCCUGCUGCGUAGAGUCAUCAAUGCUACCGCGCUGGAGGAGCAAAGUAUCGCCAUGAGGGCUCAGUUGGGCGUUCAGGACGAGGAGAUUCGUUCUCUGAAAUUGAGUCUGGAGGAAGAACAAAGACGUUACACACAACUGCAGCAGGACACACACACACACACCAACCAGAUGAACACACAGAUCCAACAACUGCUGCUGCAGCAACAGGACAAGCAGACACACAACCAGAGGCUGCAGAGCGACCUUCAGGAGUGUCAGUGCAGGCUAAGAGUUGUGGAGGCGGAGCUUCAAAGAGCCAAUAACAAGGCCUAUAACUCUGAACAUCAGCUGACCCAGCUGUCACUCAAGUUGAGCAGCAGUGAGCAGUUGCAGCAGCAGAUCUUCAUGAUGAACCAGCAGCUCGUCCUCCUCAGAGAAACUAACAGAGCUCUGACCAAUCAGCUGGAGGGAGGAGAGGCCGAGCGCUGGACUGAGGUGUCCAUGCUGCAGUGCAGUGUGGGUAAAGAGUGCCAGCGUCUGAGGGACAGCGAGGUCCAGCAGAGACAGAUGCUGGAAGCAGCCAAUCACAGGAUCGUGGAGCUGGAGAGCCAGCUGACCAAGAAAGAUCAGUUGAUCCAGGAUCAGAAGAAACUCCUGGAGGACACCAAGGCCCAGAGCAGAGCGGAGUUGUCGGCCUGUGACAGUCGCUGCGUCGCUCUGCAGAGAGUCAGUCAGAACCUGCAGACGGAGAUGCUUCAGCUGUACAGUCAGAUCCACCUGGAGACUCGCCCUCAGGACGUCUGCGGCAGGCCAAAUGGCGGCAGUGUUGCUUUACCUGUUGCUCCGAGCAGCCUCAGGCCCCGCCCCUCCUCUUCUUCUGUUGGUAUAAUAAAUGGAGUGGUGUCCACCUCCCCCCUGCACCUCCCGUCCUACUCCUCCUCCCCCCUUUCCCUGUCCCCCAUCGAGUCCCCCCUGGCAGCAGGGUCGUUCCUGGAGCAGCGAGCGCGGCAGCUGUUUGGACCGACCAAUCACAGCCCAGAGGAGGAGGAGCCUCAGGAGGAGGUGGAGGAUGAGGACGUUCAGUCAGAGACCCUUCCUCUGGAUCAUGAGGUGGAGGAGGCCACCCUCUUCUCAGAGAACCCUCAGACGGAGCCUCCGAGCCUGGCUACAGCUCACAGCUUCACCGCCUUCAAACCUGUGCCCCCCCCCCCAGGUCCUGCCCCCCCUGCAGACCUGACCCUCGCUGUUCGUCAGAGGAGACACGAGCUGAGCAUCAUGGACUACGACGAGACGCUGCCAGAGUACUGACGGAGGACUGGAGGCCGUUCUGAGAUCAGCAGCUGACCUGCUGACUGGUCUGUUUUCACAUCUGCCUUAAAAACACUGAGUGCCACAACUGUUUCCUGUUCACUGGAUAAAUCCAUGAUGGUGAAUAAAUUGUGAAGCUAGCUCAAAUGCUAACCAGCCAAUAAGCUGAUAGAGAUUAGAAAGAAUCAGUCGCAGUUUAAGUCAAACUCUCACUGAUGCUAUUGAAAUGAACUGACGUUAUAAAUCUCAUUCCAACUAAAGAAGUGAAGCUACAGCUAAGGUAUAAACUUCAUCAACAACUAGUAUGUUGUGCUAAUGCUAAAAUGAGCUUGUAAGCUAAGUGGCGUUAAAACUACUUCAUUAUUGAGCAAGUUGAUGGAUGUUAAUUUAACAAAGAAGAAAGAAAUUAAGUUAAUGUUAGCUCAAAAAUGAAUGACUAAACCAUAGCUAAUAUUUAAUGUAGGAAUAUAUCCAAAACUGUGUCAAGACAUAGAGCAAGUUGAAAUAAUUCAUGAAAUUAAACUGUAAAGUCUUAAAACUAAAUUACAUCAGUUGAAACUAAAAACAAUCACGUAAGUAAUUUAACUGUAAUCUCAUGUUUAGAGUCUCACAGCUAACAUUAGCAUGCUAACAUUUGCCCUCAGCACAUUGACUUAUGAAUUGAACUUGCUCACGCUCUGAUAGCUGUGCAGUUAUCUGCGACGCCCCGGAAUUUACACAAGUCUGAAAGUUGGAUCUUGAGAGAUUUGUUGUCAUCGUCAGGAAACAGUGAAUUAAACCAAAAAUAAGGGAAGAAAUUGGAGGUUUGUUCGAAUGAAUGAAUUUAAGGUGAAGCUAACAGAAGCUGUGUUAAUAAUCUGGCGUUGACUGUAACAUAAAACUGCUCCCUGUAGUUUUUCGUCUCUGCAGCUGCAACAACAGCAUCAAAACACUAUCAACCAAAACUAGUGGUUAUAUUUUUCAAGAAAUCACGUUGCAACUAUUCAGGCCUGACUUUCUGUCUGGACUGAUGCUGAGCUGCUAAAAUGACUCUGGUUGGUUCUGUCAGUGUCAGAGCCUGGCUAGCAGCUACUUAGCAUAGUUAGCAUCAUUAGCACAGCCAUGAUGUGCUCUGCAGACUAAGGUGUAUGUAGUUUAACAGCAGGCGUGUUCACAGUGUUUGUGUUUCAAAAAGACAUCUCAGUGGAAACUGACCAAAGAUUCUCAGUAUUUCAUUUACUUCACUGCCAAUCACAGCCCAUGAAUAUCAGUGACGCCUGCGUGACACAAGGACAUUCACAGGCUGAAUGAUCCUUUUCACACUGAAGAAAAUCAUCCACAUUUGAUCAUGGGGCUUCUCAGGGUAGUAUUUCCUAUUUACAUGGAAACAUGCAGGUUUUUGAGCAGAAACCAAUCAGACGUCUUCUCACCCCCCUGUCGUCAUCAUCUGGAGAAUGAACAGCACAAGCAGACAUUCAUAAACAUAAUGAAAAGUUGAAAUGGGUUCAAAAAAACAGCGUCCAUGUGAUCGAGGCCUCAAUGGACAAAAUCUGUUUGUCAUCUUUGAACUUCUGGUGUGGACGUUGAAGAAAGUGGUUUCAAGGUAUAUUUUGAAAUACGACACUUAGCUGACGUCAGCUGCAGGUGAUUCAAUGACCAGAGAACUCAGACUGGAUCUGUGGGCCCUGAUGCAAUAAAAAUUCAGUUUGAUUUUCUUUAUCCAUCUAUAUGUUGGUUAUACUGAAAAGGGAAACGUUGCCGGUGCUCAGUCACUGGCUCUCUGCUUGACAAUUUCUCAUUUUUAAUAACACCUUGCAUCUUUUUCAUAUCCAGCAACAUUUACAACCAUAAGAUGCAUAAAAACCAAUGUUCCGUCACCUCAGGGUCACGACUGCUGAAAAAAACGCUCAGUCUCACUUCAGGUACAGGACGUGUUUAUUCUAGAUGAACUGCUGCUUCCAGUCUUUAUGCUAAGCUAGGCUAACAGUGUUGUGGCUCCAGAUCUGUGUCAGGUUAUUAUAUUUAAGUUUCAGAUACUGUGAAGCUUCAAUGUUUUUUCUGUAUGAUCUCAAUGUAUCAGGUGUAACAUCUGAACAUGUUUGUGCCAUGAUCUCCCUCAUCAUGCAAUGUAAACAUUAACACAUGACAUUGAUCUCCGCCAUCACACCGUCACAAGCAAAGAGAAGAAGUGAAACUGGUCAUCACCAUGACAACAAACAAUUGAAUAAUCUCAGAUGAUCUGGAAGAUUUUUCUUUUUUUUCUGCAGUGUAGUUGUUUUCACUCAGAAACACAGGGGGCGCUGUUCUCAUCACCAGCUCAAAUAGACGAAUAUUAAACUGUGAACACUAAAAUAAAGAUUUAUU